AUCCCUCUCUUCUCCCCACAUCGCCCGUGUCUCAGCGUUUCGGUUCUGCGUUCUGCUUGUGUCGUUCGGGUCCUUGUAUAAGAGUAUCUCGGUCCUACUUUAUUGAAAGCUACCAUCAUGUCCGCAAAAGUUUACGUUGGCAACCUGAGUUGGAACACGACCGAUGAUUCGCUCCGUUCAGUCUUCGCUGACUACGGCCAGAUUCUGGAUUCGAUCGUGAUGCGUGACCGUGAAACGGGUCGUUCUCGUGGCUUUGGUUUCGUGACCUACAGUUCCACAACUGAGGCGGAGUCCGCCAUCAGUGGUCUCAAUGAGCAGGAGCUCGAUGGCAGGAGAAUCAAAGUGAACCUUGCCAACCCGCGCAGCGGUGGUGGUGGAGGAGGCGGUGCUGGCUACGGUGGGGGAAGUCGUGGCGGCUACGGAGGUGGAGGUGGAAGUGGAGGCUACGGCCGUGGCGGCUACGGCGGACAGGGAGGCUAUGGUGGCCAGGGUGGCUACGGUGGUCAAUCAGGUGAAGGCGGGUACGGCCAAGAAGGCUACGGCCAGCAAGGUGGCUACGCGCAGGGCGGCUACGGCGGCUACAGUGGCGGUACUGGCUACUAAUUUAUCUCUUUGCUUUCGCAUCAUGGCCGUCUUACCAUUUCUCUGACAUCUCGUUCCUGUUCCAUCUAUCGUUGUUGAGAAAAUUUUCGCUCUCGUCCACGCAAGCUCACCUGAUUCCGUCUAUCCCAUGGUCCAGCGUCAUCAUUGGCUCGUUCUCGUCUCGGUCUCGGUCGCAGCAAUCUCCGCCUUGUACUAGUACGAUAUCCAUUGUAUCGUCUCGUUCCCGUGUUUCCCCUCGUGCUUCGUGGAUGGGUGUUAUUUGGGCAUUUUUCAUGAUGUAUUUGUAGAAGAUUGCGAUUCUGCUUGCACGUUCUCAUAAUAUACAUGAUCUCCGAUUGUCACUGGAUGCGAACUGUAACAGCACGAAUCCGGGGUAUUGCUGGCGAACUUGAGUCUGAC